AUGUCUUCGACACCAACUACUUCAUCUCCCAGUGCAACCAACACUGAUCAUAAUGGGGCCAGUAACAAUACCAGCCCUACAAGCUCACCAUUGCUAUUCUUUGUUGCACUUGGUUUCGGUGUUGUUUUUACAAAUCUAUGGAUCAUCGUUGGAGUCAAGUAUUGUUUCCGAUAUAAUCAGCGGAAUCGACAGAUUCGCGGUGAAGAAUCAGGGGAACCCAUAGAUUUACUAGCCAUGCCUCGGACACAUCGGCGACGGCGCGAAAAGAAGUUGAUGAGUAUGGACGAGGUUAACGAGCGUUUCCCACUCGUCAAAUACAAAGCUUGGCGUUCUUGCCGCGCUGACGAAGGUCUCUCUACUGCCGGUGGUAUCGCAGCCUCCAUUGUCGGUGAUCAUAACCUAGAUGAUGGCCAUGGCCGCUUUACCGCAUCUUUUGACGCGCUUGCCGCGCCAACACCCCAGUUGAACGAUAAUCUACAGCUUGAAUCCGCUGUGUCUCGGACCAAAGAAGAAGUGCCCCUAGACAAAGCGGAAAAGGGGAGCUCUGGAUUUGUCGGAACUCAAACCCAUCCCACGGACAAUGACGAUGACGACGUCGGAAAUCAAAUACGUACGGCUGUUCCCGCCGAACUUCUGGCGAAUCCUGGUGACACCUGUGCCAUAUGUCUUGAUUCUAUUGAGGACGAUGAUGACAUACGUGGGCUCACCUGUGGCCACGCCUUUCAUGCCUCAUGUGUCGACCCUUGGCUAACAGGUAGAAGAGCUUGUUGUCCACUAUGCAAGGCGGAUUACUAUGUCCCAAAGCCACGUGCGGAAACUCGUGAAUCUGCCAUCGACCAAGAACGCACCGGCCGUCGUCUCAUCGCGCCAGCUUAUCCUCAAACUGUAUUCUUGGGUGGAGGCCGAAUCAGUAGCGCUGGGCCUCCUACAGUGCCACCGCGUGCACGGGAAGUGCUACCGACAUUCAGGACCGCCUUCUCCCGACUCGGACAGUGGCGAAGACCUGGCGUUGACGACGGCCACGAUAUAGAUAACACAGCUGACAUAGCGCGACGGCCUGGUCGAGGCAGCAGCAGACUUGGCCUAUUCUCUUCAGGUCCUUUUCGCCCACGGACUCCUAGGCAAAGCCGCGGUGUGAAUGGCCCUGAGCGACGUACCGUGGUUACUGGGUCACCGGGUUAUAAUCGCACACUCGGUCAGCUUGAGGCUGGACCCGCUGUUUGA